UCGUUUUGUUCGGACGCGGCAGACAGUGCGUCGGCGAACCAUGAAGAUUAUACCUGCAUUAGUGAUCUUAUUUGUAGUGGGCGGCGUUCACACAUCGCAUCAUAUGCAUCCUCUCUCCGACGAAUUUAUUGACUUCAUCAACUCCAAACAAAAUUCGUGGAGAGCCGGCAGAAACUUCCCCAGAAAUACCCCCAUGAAAUACUUGAAGAGGCUUGCGGGAACAUUAAAGGAGCAUGUAACAAAUCCCGAAAACAUUGGCGGCAAACCACCCAACUAUAAAAAAAAAGAUUUAGCAGAAAGUUUCGAUGCACGUCUUAAUUGGAAAGACUGUCCGACAUUAUGGAAUAUUCGGGACCAAGGAUCGUGUGGGAGCUGUUGGGCAGUGGCUGCGGUGUCCGCAAUGACUGACCGACUCUGCAUUCAAUCAAAUGGUACGAAAAAUCAUUAUUUCUCAGCAAUGGACGUCAUGACCUGCUGUUUUAAUAAUUGCGGCAAUCCCUGUAAGGUCGGUGGUUAUGAAGGCGCUGCAUGGAGAUUUGCAGUAAAUAAAGGAAUAGUGUCAGGUGGAAAUUACGAUUCAUCAAUGGGAUGCAAACCUUACGAAAUUCCACCAUGCAAUCACACAAAGGGUUACAACAGUAAUAAAGUACCGUGUGGCCAUGAAACAUUUGACGUAGAAUGUAAGUCGUCCUGUCAGAAAUCAUAUAAAAUAAAAUAUGAUAAUGAUAAAGUGAAAAUAAAAAAUCAUUAUGCCUUAAGCAACAUGGUAGAAAUCAUGUUAGACAUACAGAAUAAUGGACCUGUGUCAACUUCGUUUAAUGUUUUCCAAGAUUUUUAUAUGUACAAAGAAGGUGUAUACCGUUACAAUCAUGGAAGUUGGGUUGGAAUACACUCUGUCAAGCUACUCGGAUGGGGCAAAGAAAAUAAAACAAAGUACUGGCUGGCUGCGAACUCCUGGAAUAGUGACUGGGGGGACAGUGGAUUUUUCAAAAUAAUACGCGGAAUAAAUCAUCUGGGCAUAGAACGAAGAGCUUACGCUGGCCUGAUUAGAAUAUGAGUAUAGUACUUAUUAUUAUUAUUCUGUGGUAGUAUUCUUAAUCUAGAGAUAUUGUCAUACGGUUAGUAUUAUAUAUAAUGGUCAUUAUUAUCUUAUCAUUCCAACUAGGGCUAGUAGAGCCAUGAAAAAUUUAGUACGUUUUUAAUUUUCCUUAUGGGUGGAUUUAUUUAUUAUUAUUUAUUAUUAUUUAUAUUAAAACUGUCAAUGUGCUUGUUGUACCAUAUACCAGGAGUUAUUCUCGGAUAAAAGUUUAAAUUAAUAAAUUAAUUUAGCAGAAAUUAUAUUAUUGCGCUGAAAAUUACAUUGUACCACCUUCAACCUUCACCUUCACCGCCUUCCCUUUCAUAUUUUUUUUAAAUACCUGUCCUCACCAUAGGUUGUCUGGAAGAGAUCGCUUCAUAGCGAUAAGACCGCCUAGUUGUACCUUGUGUGUUCCUUUUCUUUCUGUUCUUUACUUUGGCACAACUUUAGUGUGCAAUAAAGUGUAUUUAUUAUUAUUAUUUC